AUGGAUCAUUUACAGAGGAAGCUACGCGACCUCGAAUCUACCAUGAUUCAACAGGGUAUUCUGGAUGAUCAGUUCAGUCAGCUUCAGAAACUUCAAGAUGACAGUAGUCCAGAUUUUGUGUAUGAGGUUAUCACUUUGUUCUUUGCCGAUUCUGAUAAACUACUCAACAACAUGUCACAUGCACUAGGACAAAAAGAUGUGAAUUUCAAACAAAUUGAUGCUUAUGCCCAUCAACAGAAGGGAAGCAGUGCUAGUGUUGGCGCUGCUAAAGUUACAAAUAUUUGUGCCGCCUUCAGAAGUUUCUGUGAGGCUAAGAACCUGGAAGGGAAACUAUGUAAUCCUCAUUGA